AUGAGCACUGACGCGGAGAUGGAGGCAUUUGGCCCGGCGGCCAUUUACCUCCGGAAGCCAGAAAGGGAGAGGAUUGAGGCUCAGAACGCACCCUUUGAUGCCAAAACAGCGUACUUUGUGGCUGAAAAGGAGGAGAUGUAUCUAAAAGGAGUUCUCAAGAGUAAAGAGGGUGGCAAAGCCACUGUUGAAACUUUGUGUGGGAAAACCCUCACUGUAAAAGAAGAUGAAAUCUACCCUAUGAAUCCUCCAAAGUUCGAUAAGAUUGAGGACAUGGCCAUGAUGACCCACCUCAAUGAACCUGCUGUGCUGUAUAACCUCAAAGAGCGUUAUGCUGCAUGGAUGAUCUAUACAUACUCUGGGCUCUUCUGUGUCACUGUGAACCCCUACAAGUGGCUCCCAGUGUACGACGCUGUUGUUGUAACUGCAUACAGAGGCAAAAAGAGGGUUGAGGCCCCACCCCACAUCUUCUCUAUCUCUGACAAUGCCUAUCAGUUCAUGCUCACAGAUCGUGAGAAUCAGUCAAUCCUGAUUACUGGAGAAUCCGGUGCAGGAAAGACUGUGAACACCAAGCGUGUCAUCCAGUACUUUGCAACAAUUGCAGUGUCUGGACAACAGAAGAAGGCAGAGCCUGUUGCAGGAAAAAUGCAGGGGUCGCUGGAGGAUCAAAUCAUUGCAGCCAACCCCCUACUGGAAGCCUAUGGUAAUGCAAAGACUGUGAGGAAUGAUAACUCAUCUCGUUUUGGUAAAUUCAUCAGAAUCCACUUUGGAUCUACUGGCAAACUGGCCUCAGCUGAUAUUGAGACAUAUCUCCUGGAGAAGUCAAGGGUAACAUUCCAGCUGUCUGCUGAGAGGAGCUACCACAUUUUCUACCAGCUCAUGACGGGCCACAAGCCUGAGCUGAUUGAGGGACUCCUCAUCACCACCAAUCCAUAUGAUUUCCCUAUGAUUAGUCAAGGUGAAAUCACAGUGAAGAGCAUCAAUGAUGUAGAGGAGUUCAUCGCUACCGAUACUGCUAUUGACAUCUUGGGCUUCACUGCUGAUGAAAAGCAGGGCAUCUACAAGCUGACUGGUGCUGUGAUGCAUCAUGGGAACAUGAAGUUUAAACAGAAGCAGAGAGAGGAGCAGGCUGAGCCUGAUGGCACUGAGGUGGCUGAUAAAAUCGCCUACCUCAUGGGUCUGAACUCAGCCGACAUGCUCAAAGCUUUGUGCUACCCCAGGGUGAAAGUGGGGAAUGAGUUUGUCACCAAAGGGCAGACUGUUCCACAGGUGCACAAUGCUGUCAUGGCCCUCUGCAAGUCUGUUUAUGAAAAGAUGUUCCUGUGGAUGGUCGUCCGCAUCAAUGAAAUGUUGGACACAAAACAGCCAAGACAGUUCUUCAUUGGUGUGCUGGACAUUGCUGGAUUUGAGAUCUUUGAUUUCAACAGCUUGGAACAGCUAUGUAUCAACUUCACCAAUGAGAAACUGCAACAGUUCUUCAACCACCACAUGUUUGUGCUGGAGCAAGAGGAGUACAAAAAAGAAGGCAUUGAGUGGGAGUUCAUUGACUUUGGUAUGGACUUGGCUGCCUGCAUUGAGCUUAUUGAGAAGCCAAUGGGCAUCUUCUCCAUCCUUGAAGAGGAGUGUAUGUUCCCCAAGGCCUCAGACACAACCUUCAAAAACAAGUUGUAUGACCAGCAUCUUGGCAAAGCUGCAUGUUUCCAGAAGCCAAAGCCUGCUAAGGGCAAGGCAGAAGCCCAUUUCUCCCUGGUGCACUAUGCAGGCACUGUCGACUACAAUGUUGCCGGCUGGCUGGACAAGAACAAAGAUCCCUUGAAUGACUCUGUUGUGCAGCUGUAUCAGAAAUCUGGAAUGAAACUCCUGGCUUUCCUCUAUGCUGCUCAUGCCGCUGCUGAUGAGGGCGGUGGCGGUGGCAAGAAAGGCAAGAAGAAGGGUGGCUCUUUCCAGACAGUAUCUGCACUGUUCAGGGAGAAUUUGGGCAAGUUGAUGACCAAUCUGAGGAGCACUCAUCCUCACUUUGUGCGCUGCCUGAUUCCCAAUGAGUCCAAGACUCCAGGUCUUAUGGAGAACUUCUUAGUUAUCAGCCAGCUCAGGUGUAAUGGUGUACUGGAGGGUAUAAGAAUCUGUAGAAAGGGAUUCCCCAGCAGAAUCCUUUAUGGUGACUUCAAGCAGCGAUAUAAAGUCUUGAAUGCCAGUGUCAUCCCUGAGGGACAAUUCAUUGACAACAAGAAAGCCUCGGAGAAACUUUUGGGCUCCAUUGAUGUUGAUCACACUCAGUACAAGUUUGGACACACAAAGGUGUUUUUCAAAGCUGGUCUGCUGGGUACCCUUGAGGAGAUGCGAGAUGAAAAACUGGCUACGCUGGUUACCAUGACUCAGGCUGUCUGCCGUGGAUUCCUCAUGAGAAGAGAGUUUGUCAAAAUGAUGGAGAGGAGAGAGUCCAUUUACUCUAUCCAAUACAACAUCCGCUCAUUCAUGAACGUGAAACACUGGCCAUGGAUGAAGUUGUACUUCAAGAUCAAGCCUCUUCUGAAGAGUGCUGAGACUGAGAAGGAAAUGGCAGCAAUGAAGGAGAACUAUGAGAAGAUGAAGGUGGAUCUGGAAAAAGCAUUAGCCAGAAAGAAGGACCUUGAAGAGAAGAUGGUGUCACUUCUGCAAGAGAAAAAUGAUUUGCAGUUACAAGUGGCAGCUGAAGUCGAGAACCUUUCUGAUGCCGAGGAGAGAUGUGAGGGGCUCAUCAAAGCUAAAAUUCAACUGGAGGCAAAAGUCAAAGAGACUACAGAGAGACUGGAGGAUGAGGAGGAAAUCAAUGCAGAAUUAACUGCCAAGAAGAGGAAACUGGAGGAUGAGUGUUCUGAGCUGAAAAAAGACAUUGAUGACCUUGAGCUUACCUUGGCUAAAGUGGAGAAGGAGAAACAUGCCACAGAGAACAAGGUGAAAAACUUGACUGAGGAAAUGGCCUCUCAGGAUGAAAGCAUUGCUAAGUUAACCAAGGAGAAGAAAGCCCUCCAAGAGGCACACCAGCAGACUCUUGAUGAUCUCCAGGCAGAGGAGGACAAAGUCAAUACUCUGACUAAAUCAAAGACCAAACUUGAACAACAAGUGGAUGAUCUUGAAGGGUCCCUUGAGCAAGAGAAGAAGCUCCGCAUGGACCUUGAGAGGGCCAAGAGGAAGCUUGAGGGUGAUCUGAAACUGGCACAGGAGUCCAUAAUGGACUUGGAGAAUGACAAACAGCAGUCAGAAGAAAAGAUCAAGAAGAAGGACUUUGAGAUCAGUCAGCUUCUAAGCAAGAUUGAGGAUGAACAAACACUUGGCAGUCAACUGCAGAAGAAGAUCAAGGAACUACAGGCUCGUAUUGAGGAGCUGGAAGAAGAGAUUGAGGCUGAGCGUGCUGCUCGAGCUAAGGUUGAGAAGCAGAGAGCUGAUCUCUCCAGGGAACUUGAGGAGAUCAGUGAGAGGCUUGAAGAAGCUGGCGGUGCCACUGCUGCUCAGAUUGAGAUGAACAAGAAGCGCGAGGCCGAGUUCCAGAAACUGCGACGUGAUCUUGAAGAGUCCACCCUGCAACACGAAGCCACUGCUGCUGCUCUCCGCAAAAAGCAGGCAGACAGCGUGGCAGAACUUGGAGAGCAGAUUGACAACCUCCAGCGUGUCAAGCAGAAGCUGGAGAAGGAGAAAAGUGAAUAUAAAAUGGAGAUUGAUGACCUCAGUAGCAACAUGGAGGCUGUGGCCAAAUCAAAGGCAAAUUUAGAGAAGAUGUGUCGAACACUUGAGGACCAACUGAGUGAGCUAAAAACUAAAAGUGAUGAGAAUGUUCGCCAACUCAAUGAUAUGAGUGCACAUAAAGCAAGAUUACAGACAGAGAACGGUGAAUUUAGUCGUCAACUUGAGGAAAAAGAGGCACUCGUGUCACAACUGACCAGAGGCAAGCAGGCUUACACACAACAGAUUGAGGAGCUAAAGAGACACAUUGAAGAGGAAGUUAAGGCCAAAAAUGCCCUUGCUCACGCAGUUCAGUCUGCACGCCAUGACUGUGACCUCCUCCGAGAGCAGUAUGAGGAGGAGCAGGAAGCCAAAGCUGAGUUGCAGCGUGGAAUGUCCAAAGCCAACAGUGAAGUGGCUCAGUGGAGAACAAAAUAUGAGACUGAUGCCAUCCAGCGUACUGAGGAGCUUGAAGAGGCUAAGAAGAAGCUUGCACAGCGUCUGCAGGAUGCAGAGGAAUCCAUUGAGGCUGUGAACUCCAAGUGUGCCUCGCUGGAGAAGACCAAACAGAGACUGCAGGGUGAAGUGGAGGAUCUCAUGAUUGAUGUAGAGAGGGCCAAUGCAUUGGCAGCCAACCUGGACAAGAAGCAGAGGAACUUCGACAAGGUCCUGGCAGAAUGGAAGCAGAAGUAUGACGAGGGCCAGGCAGAGCUGGAGGGUGCCCAGAAAGAGGCUCGCUCUCUCAGCACUGAGCUCUUCAAGAUGAAGAACUCAUAUGAAGAAGCUCUUGACCACUUGGAGACCCUGAAGAGAGAGAACAAGAACCUGCAGCAGGAGAUCUCCGACCUGACUGAGCAGAUCGGCGAGACUGGGAAGACUAUUCAUGAAUUGGAGAAGGCAAAGAAGACAGUGGAGACUGAGAAAACAGAAAUUCAGAGUGCCCUUGAGGAAGCUGAGGGUACACUUGAACAUGAGGAGUCCAAGAUUCUUCGUGUCCAGCUUGAGUUCAACCAAGUGAAGGGUGAGAUUGACAGGAAACUCAGUGAGAAGGAUGAGGAAAUAGAACAGAUCAAGAGGAACAGUCAGAGAGUCAUUGAGUCCAUGCAGACCACAUUAGACUCUGAAGUCAGGAGCAGAAAUGACGCCCUGAGAGUCAAGAAAAAGAUGGAAGGAGAUCUCAAUGAGAUGGAAAUUCAGCUGAGCCAUGCCAAUCGUCAGGCCGCUGAGGCACAGAAACAUCUGAGGAAUGUCCAAGGACAGCUCAAGGAUGCACAACUUCACCUUGACGAUGCCAUCAGAGGACACGAGGACAUGAAGGAGCAGGUUGCCAUGGUGGAGCGUAGGAACACUCUAAUGCAGGCAGAGAUUGAGGAGCUGAGAACUGCUUUAGAGCAAACAGAGAGAGGUCGCAAAGUGGCCGAGCAGGAGCUUCUAGAUGUCAAUGAACGUGUGGGACUGCUGCACUCACAGAACACCAGUCUCAUCAACACCAAGAAGAAGCUUGAGGCUGACCUUGUCCAGGUUCAAGGUGAGGUGGAUGACACCAUCCAAGAAGCAAGAAAUGCAGAGGAGAAAGCCAAAAAAGCUAUUACUGAUGCUGCAAUGAUGGCAGAAGAACUGAAGAAGGAGCAAGACACAAGUGCUCAUUUGGAGAGGAUGAAGAAAAACCUGGAGGUCACAGUCAAAGAUCUGCAGCACCGUCUGGAUGAGGCCGAAAGCUUAGCCAUGAAGGGUGGGAAAAAACAGCUCCAGAAACUGGAAUCCAGGGUGCGUGAGCUAGAGUCUGAGGUCGAGUCUGAACAGAGACGAGGAGCUGAAGCUGUUAAAGGUGUCCGUAAAUAUGAGAGGAGAGUCAAAGAGCUCACUUACCAGACUGAUGAAGACAAGAAAAAUAUGAUUAGACUACAGGAUCUGGUUGAUAAGUUGCAGCUGAAAGUGAAGGCUUAUAAGCGACAGGCCGAGGAUGCUGAGGAGCAGGCCAACUCUCACCUGUCCAGGUACAGGAAGGUGCAGCACGAGCUGGAGGAAGCUCAGGAGCGUGCUGACAUAGCUGAAUCCCAGGUCAACAAGCUGAGAGCCAAGAGCCGUGAUCAUGGAAAGGCCAAAGAGGCAGAGGAAUGAGAUACGAGAUCUAGACGAGUGACCUCACCAGGGAAUCAUAUAAUAUGAGCUCCUUGUGAAAUAUCUUAAGUAAUAAAGAGAUUCAUUUCAGUG